CCACUCGCCGCGCCGCAGAGCCGGGAAGGCUGGCCGUCCCUCCGUCCGUCCGUCCGUCGGCCGAGCGGAAGUGAUGGUUCGUGGAUGAGAGUGUCUGCCUGCUUCGGUCAGUUCCAUGAAGGCCUCAGGAGGGUUGGGCGCUCCCUUGCAACGCAAAGGGAGAGUCCACAGGAUCAAAGCCACGGCUUCUUUUGUGGACGAAUCGCUCUUCGGUAACCAAGGAAAACACCAACCUUCUGGCCAGGAGUUUGAACCACCCUGGAAGGAGGCCAAAGCUCAUAGUCAAAGACCCCUGCUAUGGAGUCCGGAGACCAGGCAGGUGGAUUCCGGUCCUUUGAAAUCCCCCCAGUCGGUCAGCACUCCAAGGAAGAGGAAUAAAUACAGGUUGAAAAGCCACACGCCAUCCUACUGCGACGAGACUCUCUUUGGGUCCAAGCCGGGAGGACACGAAUGGACAGCCUCCUGGGCCACCAGAGAAGAUGUGGCUAAACUCCGCCCUUUGCUCUGGACUCCGCCUUCGGCUCCAAGAGACCGGCCAGUCCUUUUCCACCGUCCACCGAAGGAAGUGGUGACCUCCACGGGGACGGACAGAUUUGAAGUCAACCACAAACCAGGAACCUCUUUUUGGAAGCCACCUGACAACUCUUCAGACGUGGCCACCCAAUUCAUGAGAAGGCCACGUUCCCAGUCUCUCACCAGACUGUACGAGACUUCUGAUCGAUUUCCCCCAGCUAGGUCCAAUAAACAGCAGGACCAACGUACGGCCACUGCUUCUUCGGGAGCACUUCUCACUUCCCGUUCGAAAGGGUUGCCCAGUUCAUCUGCUCGGACAACAAGUUCACGUCCAGGGAAACCUCCUUGGAGGUAGAACAGCCCAACUAUAAAAUGACAAUGUCGACAGCAUAUAAAGAGAAUUUGUAUAAGAUGUUUUACAGGUGGCAUUUACUCCCGACGAGGAUAGCCAGAAUGUUCAAGAAUAAAUCGGAGAAAUGUUGGAAGUGUCAUCAAACUCCAGGAUCGUAUUACCAUAUGUGGUGGACAUGCGUGGAAGCAAGGAGAUUUUGGACUAAGAUACACACGUGGUUGGAAAAAAUGACAGAGAGACAUAUUGACCUUAAACCAGAGAUAUUUUUCUUAGGGAUUUUACCAGAGACAUUUAAUAAAGGAUUACAAUACUUAAUUGUGAACAUUUUAACAGCGGCUAGAAUUGUAUUUGCUAAAAACUGGAAAGGAGAGAAGAUCAUUACUGAUGAAGAAAUUAUUAAGAAAAUGUUGGACUGUGCUGAAAUGGGUAGAUUGACAUUUGAAAUAAGAGAACAGGAAGAUAAACAAUAUUAUUUGAUAUGGGAGAUAUUUUAUCAAUGGUUUGACAAUAAAGUAUGGAGAUGAGAUAGCAUAUAUGAAAUGAAAUUUCGAUGAAAUGUUUAAAUAUUUAUCGUCUGUAAAGAAUAAUUGUCGUAUGAUGAGAUUUGGAAAAUUGCAAGCACGAAAUUAUUUUAACCGAUCGAGAUGCUGUCUAUAAUUGUUUGUAAGGAUGAUAUUUUUAUGUUGUUUUUUAUUUUAAUUUAAAAUAAAACUUUUUUCAAA